AUGUGGCCGUUCCUCGGAAAGGCACCAUUGCUGCUAGGCUUUUUCAUAGCCGCGUCUACCGAUGCCAGUUCCAUCAAGGACUUGUUUAGCGGCUCGAACCUGAAAAUGAACGGCGACAGUUACAACCCUGAAAUUCGCCCGGGCUUCGGAUCAUCUAACAACCCUGCCGUGGUCACGGUGAAUUUCUUCCUGCGUGACGUCGAGUAUUUGGACGCAGAAAAGAAUGAGAUUGGAUUCCAAAUAACGCUUCGGCAAGAGUGGUCGGAUCCCCAACUGGGCUAUACAGCCGCCGUGGCUGGGGAGACUUUGCCGAAAAACUUUCGAAUGAACUGGGAUGGGAAGGAGAAGACGAUUUGGAUGCCGGACACUUUUAUUCAGAACGAACGCACCGCCGCCCGUCACGAAAUCCCGAACCCAAAUUCCCUAAUCAUCAUCAACACAAAUGGGAGUGUGAUGCUGAGCGAGCGCCUCUCACUCAAAACGGCCUGUAUCUUUGAUAUGGAGAACUACCCCCUGGAUGUGCAUGUAUGCUACGUCGACUUUGCCUCUUAUGGGUGGACAACAGAGGAUGUUGAUUACAAAUGGAAGGAGGCGAACCCGAUCCAGCUGAGGGCCGGGGUGUCGGGCAUGAUGCCGGAAUUCCGACUAAACACUGGCGCAUUCGCAAUGUCCUCAAUCCCCAGGGAGGCUGCAACGGCCUACGAGUGGCUGAUCGUCUGCUAUCUCUACACCGGCUUUGCCCUGAUUGGAAUCAUUCUCAGCAAGGUGCUGAGGGAGAAGGAUGGCCUUCCCAUGGCUCCCGAGCCUGAGCAUCAAGUCCUAAUCGAAGGCGGUGAGAAUGGGGGACCACCAAAAGUUUGCCGGAUCACGAACCUUCGCCAGGGAGCUUGUUGCAAGGCUUGGUUGCCAGGAACGGUCUAUUUCACGUUCUUCACGAUCUUCUGCACCAUGCACUGGUUCCGCAAGGCUUUU